GUUAAACCUAAGGUGGUUUUAUGUAAAUUCAAUGUUCCACAAGAAGGAACGGUACUACCUAUUGUGAUUUGGAAAUCAAACUAUAAGUUAGGAAAAGUCCUCUUUUUUUUUAUCCAGAAAAUGUCUUUUAUUUCUGCUUGUUAAAUUGCCAAGAAAACCACAAAACGUGUGUUGACUUGACAUGAAAUAAAUAAGCUUCAAAUAAUCAUCUUCAUUGCAUAACUUCAUUUCAAAUUAAAAAAACACCUCUUCCUUUUCUUUUUAAUACAAUCUGCAUCAAGAAUUCUUCUACCUUAGUUCCAUAAUAAUGAAGAAAGUUGUGUUAAAGUUGGAGAUAAAUAAAAACAAAAUCAAGAAAAAAGCUAUGAAAACCGUCUUAGGCCUUUCAGGAGUUGAAUCAUUUUCAGUGGAUAUUAAAGAGAAGAGAUUGACCUUAAUAGGAAACAUUGAUGCAGUAAAAGUAGUGGCUAAGCUUAGAAAGCUUUGCGAUGUAGAAAUAAUCUCUGUUGGACCAGCUAAAGAGGAAGAGAAAUAUGAACCUAAGGAUUCAACAAAACAAAAUAGGACUAACCCUAUGUUCUAUGGUGCUGAUAGCAUUGAAGAGGGUCCUCGUCCUAAUAGGUGUGUUAUCAUGUAAAUCUUUUUAUAUUAUGUUUUAUAAAAGUAAAAUAAAAUACUGAAAAUUUUUGUAUAUAUUUGUCCCUUUUUUUUUAAAGUAGUAUGAUUGAUGAAGAGUGUUGAUUGUAAUUUGAAGCUUGAUUUCUAUAUUUUCUUUUUACAGUACAUUCUUCACCAAUAUUAUUGAUACUCUAAACUUGCACUUCAA